UUUAACACAGAUUUUGUCGUGACUCGAAGCUCCGUAAAGAUAACGCUUGGGCGUUAGGCGGGUGUUCCGGUGUGGUUUGCUCCUUCUUCCCUAUCAAACUUCUCCUAGUGUUGCAAGUAAUAUAUAACAAAACUCUUUCUAGAACUAAACUUUCGUAAAAGAAUUGCAAAAAAAAAAAUCCCUAACAAAGAUAAGGAUGGAAACAUAAAAUGUCCACUGCCACCAGCCCAGACAUAGGCUAGAUACCCCUGGAGCAAGGAGGGCCACACAGAAGAAUGUAUCGGUAUCUGUUGCUAGCACUGGUCAUCUGGACUGACCAGCCCGGGAGCCAGGCUUACUUCAGUGAAGAGCUGGGCCUGUACGAUGACUAACUAUGGACAGACGGUAUCAUCCCCUACGUCAUCGACUCCAAGUACCCCACAGUGGUCAGGGACCGUAUAGUGGCCUCCAUGCGGGAGAUAGAAACUAACGUCAAUGUCAAAGGCCACACUGACUGUAUCCACUUCGUACCCAGACUGCACCAGGUUAACUAUAUCUACGUUCUGCCCAGGAGUACUUCUUGCUCCUCGCAAAUCGGCUGCACCCACAGAGGUAAACAAGAAGUGAGCAUCGGCAAAGGCUGUGAGCGGAAAGGAAUCAUCAUACACGAACUCACCCACGCCAUCGGUUUCUGGCACGAGCACACGCGUCCAGACCGCGAUAACUACGUGAGCAUCGACAUACAGAACGUGGACUCCAGUCACCGUCACAACUACGACAAACACACGCAUUCGAGGACGCUCCACACUUCCUACGACUACGCCUCCGUCAUGCACUACAACGCCUACGAGUUUGCCCUCGACCGGACCAAGCCGGCUAUGACCCCGAAGCGUAGCGUGCCGGACGGGGCCAAGAUGGGCCAGCGCCUCCAGCACAGUACAAUCGACGUCCUCAAGAUACAGAGAUUGUACAAGUGCCAUGAGGACACGAGUCACAUUGUACAGUGGCUUUCCUCCCCGGAUGACCACUGCGACUUCGCCAAAGGCCUGUGUAAGUGGACACAGGACACCCACGACCAGUUCGACUGGACAGUCCAGAGCGGACACAGCUCCUCGGGACCUGGGGCUGGAAUAACCACGGGCGUGGACAACUACCUCAUUGCUAAGGCUUCCGGUCACUCCAGCAAGCACGCCAGGAUCAGAUCCAAGAUCUACACUGCCCGAAAACUAUGUGUGGACUACUGGUUCUUUAACCACGGUUCUUCCGGUCGUCUCCGGCUUAUAACCGAACAGGACUCCGGAUACAGUCAUACAGUGAGCAGCUACGGCAGUCAGCAUUCCAUGAAGUGGUACCACGCCAUGAACUCUGUCUCUCAGUCCAGCUCCUCACCCUACAGGCUGGUGUUCGAAGCCUACACUUCUCACGCCGACAUAGCCAUUGACGACAUUAACAUAUCCGAGGGAGACUGUACAUAGAUGCACGCUCAUCAUGUGGGCUGGACACUGGUCGUUUGGUUAGAUGGAACAGAGUCUAUAGGCUGGACGCAGCAAACUUUAAUAGACACUGGUUAUUUGGUUAGAUAGAACAGUCUAUAGGCUGGACGGUGAAAAUAGACACUGGUUAUUUGGUUAGAUAGAACCGUCUAUAGGGUGGGCGGUGAAAAUAGACACUGGUUAUUUGGUUAGAUAGAACCGUCUAUAGGGUGGGCAGUGAAAAUAGACACUGGUCGUCCUCACGACUGACUCGAGUGUCUUGCAUUAGCCACAGUCAGAGGGUUUUAUUAGCGCCUACAUAGCAGUGCUGUUUCCGACUCUUUAAAAGAAAAAAAUCUUUUGCAAAAUAAACUCUGUUCCAAGCUGUUA